CAACAUGAAAAUAAUAAUAAUAGUAAAAUACAGCAGCUGUAUAAUUCCCUUACGUCCUUCGUGACCUCAAUAAGUGACCUUAGGGACAACUCCCACCAACAAAAAGAUACUUUUUAAAUUCUAAAACCCAAUGCUCGUGUCAUACGUCGUUUAUUAGUUAUUUUAUAACCAAACGAUACGUUGUAUGUUAUAUCCCACAGUACAAAGUGGGAUUCAUUAUAUAUAAAUGUUAUCUACGCGAGAGUUGUUCACGUCUUAUAUAUAUAUAUAUUUUUGUCUCAACACUUAUAAGUCUUGAGUCAACAGUUUGAUAGCUCUAUCAAGUUUAUUAAUUUUAUUUAGUGAUACUAGUUACCAAGUGACAAACAAAAUAUUGUUUUUGAACCAGUAAUUGGUGUAAUUUUAGUGGAUAAAUAUCAUAAUUAAUAUCAGUGCGACAUUUGCGAUGGCAAUGAUAACUACGCGAGUUAGAAAAAUAUCUAAAAGUUUGUUGAAACAAUCGUCAAUUGUGUAUCAACGGAGAAUUACGAAAUGUACGGGUAAUAAUAACGAACACUUACAAGUCGACGACCUUGUUAUACCCAAGCAAGAGGUCAUCCGGUUUAUCAGUGAGAGUAUGCAUAAAGUAGGCGCCAUUCAAGAGGACGCUCAAGUCGUCGCACAUCAUUUGAUGACCGCCGAUUACCGCGGACACUUUAGUCAUGGAAUGAAUCGCUUGCAGAUGUAUAUCAAUGAUAUUGAAAACAAACUGACUAGUCCGACUGUCAAGCCGCAAAUUGUUAAUGAUUUUCAGGCAAUAGCAUUAGUUGAUGGUAAAAACGGUCUGGGUCAAGUGAUCGGUAAAUACAGUAUGGAACUGGCGAUAAAAAAAGCCGAAAAAUAUGGAAUCGGUAUGGUAUCAACCCGCGGAUCAAAUCACUACGGAAUUUGUGGUUACUACACUUUAAUGGCAAUGGAAAAAAAUCUUAUUGGGUUCAGUUGUACGAAUUCAAGUCCACUUAUGGUCCCAACAAGAGCCACAGCUGCCGCACUUGGCACUAACCCGCUAUCUAUUGGGAUGCGCGGGCACAAUGACGAGUUCGUACUUGACAUGGCGACCACUGCAGUAGCGUUGGGUAAAAUAGAAGUGGCAUUGAACAAAGAACAAAGUAUACCCCGUGGAUGGGCAUUGGGUAGAGAUGGAAAAAUAACAACAGACUCUGCUGAAGCCAUAGAAAGUUCUAAGCUAAUGCCACUGGGUGGCGCUGAAGAGCAUUCUGGUUACAAAGGUUAUGGACUUGGAGUGAUGGUCGAAUUGCUCUGUGGAAUUUUAAGCGGAAGUUUUUAUGGUCCGAACAUCAGAAGUUGGAAGGACAGCAAUAGAACUGCUAAUUUGGGCCACUGUUUUAUGGCCAUCGAUCCUAAAGCUUUUGGGUCCGGGGCAGAAAAUCGUUUGAGUCAUCUUCUGUGUCAGCUGAGGGCACUUCCGGUUAACGAAGAAAGUGAUAGUGUUUUAGUUGCUGGGGAUAUGGAGAGAAAAGCUAUGGCUAAAGUUGACACUUCCGGUGGAAUUGAGUAUCAUAAAAAUCAAAUUAAAAUUUGUAAUGAUAUUGCUGACCGUUUGGAUAUUGGACGGAUGGAAUUUAUUAAAAAAAAACAUUAUGAUUAAUUAAUUAAUUAUUUAUUGAAGUAAAUAAUUUUUGAUUAAUUUUAGUGCUAGGGGUUUAGGUAUAAAUUAGCAAAUUUAAAUUAUUGUUAAUUGAAUUUAGAAGAAAAUAUGGUAAAAUGGACACUAAAUGAAUAUUUGUGUAAGUUGACCUCAAAAUGGCGGUAUACCGACGUUGUAAUGGCCGCCAAAUUAGAAUUUUUAUUUUUCUACUUUUUUUCAAAUAAAAAAUGUAUAGUGCGCACUCUAAAACCAAGUGUAUUAUUUUAACAUACAUUUAAUGUGUUUUAUGUUCAAGGCCAUAAGCAAAACUAUCUUUUUUGUAGUCACUAAAAACACAUUUUACGAUGUGUUGAAUAUCUAUAGUUUGCUUAUGGUGUUUUAAUGUUAAUUGAAAAGUGUGUUAAUGUGGACUGGACACUUGGUUUUAGAAUGAAGGUCGCAAAAAGUUCACUUUACAGCCUAGGCCGGCAAAGUACGCGGUAAAGUAGGUUUCUGGUAAUCGGCUUCUUACGAAACGCCAUCUAACGUUCAGAAAUGAAACUUUCAGAGCAAGGGUAAAAAAAAACAUUUUGUGGAACUAUUCAAAAAUUGGAAAAAUAAUUUCUAGGUUUAUUUCUAAAAAAUCAUAAACUAUUUUUUUAAAUAUUAAUAAUAAUUCCAAAAUUAAUUUUAAAAUAUUUUCUAUAUUUUUAUUUGUAGGGAUAGAUUUUGUAGAAAUUUAUAUAAAAUGAGUGUAAAAAUAGUUCAAAGCUUAUAAUAGACUCAAAAUUUCGAAGACUAAAAUUUUUUUAUUAACGUUAAAUCAUUUAUACACUUUUUUAAUUGCACUAAAGUGCGUAAAAUUGUAUACUAGUUCAAAGAUAAUUUCUUAAGGAAUAAUUUAGACCCGGUAUUAAAUUGAUUCAUUAUUCCAUUGAUUUAAAAGAAAUUAUUUUAAUCCAAGAAACCAGUGUUGUAAAUUCUUCAAAACGUAUCUUUGUAGGCACGAUAACUCUUGAAAAAUGUGAUAAAAUAGCCUAAUUUUUUUUGAUCAGCUUGAUAUCUUUUGUCGCAAGAACCCUAUGAAAAAUCACUAUCUAAAUACUUUUUGUUUAAUUGUAAUUAAUAAAAAAACUUAAAACCGGUAAUUCAUAAAAACUUUAGCUGCCAUUUUUUUUUUUAUUAUUAUUUUUUUUUCCUCCAACUAUUUGGCAGCAGCACCAGCGUACCAGUAGGAUUGAAAAAUAAAAAGCGACAUCUAAGAAAAAAAGGCGGGAGAUUUAAAAAAAUUUUCAAAUAAAAUUUAAACUGAAAAAAAGAAACUAAAAAUAAAAAUAAAAUUAAUUAAUUAAAAGUUAAACAGUAAUUAAUAAAAAAAAAUAAAAUAUUAAUAAUUAUCAUGAGCGAUUGAGGUGCGCACUUGUGGAUUUCCCAACAUUAUUUUUAUAUAUUUUUAUCUUAUAAAUAAAAAUAAUGUCCAUUUUAGCUGUCAAGUGUAUUAUUAAAAAUAUAUUUUUAUAUUUCCAAUAUAUAUUAAACGCGUAGUAUAUGAAAACACAACUAGCUGAUAACCUAGUUACAAAAUUUACAUAAAGUUAAAAACUUAAAACAUACAAGACAAAUAUGUGAAGAUAAAUAUAUACAUAAGAGUAAGACAAUAAAAGAGUAAAUAAUUAAGCGAUAGUGAUAAUUUGAAGGUCAUAGUAAUAUUUAAAAAAUAUGUAAUCAAAUAAAAACAUUAAAAAUAUAAAAAAUAUACGAACAUUUUGAAUAAACAUUCGAUAAAUU